GAACUUGCACAAUUGGUGGCUGACUAAAUACUUUUUUCCCCCACUGUACAUCAUCCAGGUCCAGACAAGCGACAUCAGAGGCGUGGGCACUGAUGCCAACGUGUUCCCGAUAGUGUAUGGGGAUUACGGGGACAGUGAAGGAGGCCGGUAGCAGGAACAAGUUUGAGCGGAAGUCGAAAGACAUGUUCCGCUUCCCAGACAACCUCAGCCUGGGACAGCUGUCCAAGAUCCGCGUGUGGCACGACAACAAGGGUCCUGCCCCGCGUUGGCACCUGGAGUACAUUGAUGUGAGAGAUGAGACCAUGGACCAGAAUUUCCUUUGCCCAUGUGACCACUGGCUGGCCAAGAAUGCAGACGACGGGCAGAUCAUGAGAGAGCUGGCCUGUGCCAACAAUGACACCCUGGACUUCAGUGACAAGACCAAUGAGUUCACCUCUGACCCUGAUGUAGGCUAGUGAUGAAAUGACCAAACAUUUUGGAUGAAUGAAGAUGUCCCACUGGGCACAGAUGUCAGUUCAAUGUCUAGUUUUGAUUUAGAUUUGGUUGUCAACUAACCUGAAUGCAACAUGAAAUGUACCCAAGAAA